AUGUCCGGAUCAGCACUGCAACCAGGAGUUGUACGAGACACGGCGAUCAACGCUACUUGGGCACUUAAUGAAAAAAUGCAGUGCAGAUCGUUCAACUCAUCCGAGCUGUUGGAUUGUUUUCGAAAAAGAUUGAGAGAGGAAAUUCUCGACUAUAAGCGGCUUCACUGGGAUGAUUACCAAGAAUUCGUUCCUGUAGUAGAUGGACCAGAUGGUGUAAUUCCUGAUGCACCAGAGGAUCUCGCAAAACAUAGAAAAAAAAUCCCAAUGAUGAUUGGAACCACACGCGACGAAAGUUCUCUUCGUAUGUUGAUUCUGAACGAGAAGAAUGUGAACUUCAGCGCUCUGAACGCUCCUCUAGCAGAAAAACUUGCGGACAAUCUCACUCUGGGAUAUAAACAGUUUCAGAACCAUCGCUUGAUUGCUGAAGGUUGUAAAGCACAAUAUGUGUGGACGAAAGUGGAUCCAUCAUUCUCUACCAGCAUUUUGUUUGAUUCUGUAUUAAAAAUGUAUUCUCACUUUUGGUACGACGCGCCAGCUUCCCGCUUAGCAACGUAUUACGCUAACCAGAAGGUGCCAGUAUUUCUCUACUCUUUCGACCAUAUCAGUGAAAAUUUCUACGAUUAUGAUCGUGCAUUUCAUGGAGCCGACAGACUACAUUUGUUCAACAUUACGCCUCGCUUCCUUAGCAGAAGGAAGGAUAGGAACUGGCAACUGGAUCAAAGAGUAGUUGAAAUCUUUGCCGACCUCAUUGUAAACUUCGCCCGCCAUGGGUGUCCAACUCCCGAUAACUCUGGGUUUUCCUUUAACUGGACAUCCACCAACGCGAUGGAGUUGAACUACUUGUCUAUAACGGACAGUCCAACUAUGGAGGUUGGAUACCGUUGGCAAGGCCACGUUUUUUGGAACUGGUAUGCCAGAUCCUUGGACGCUGUAGAUGUUGGAAAUUUGCAACGAAUAGCUCAACUUGACAGGGAUGUAGGCAACUGGCAGCGCUUCAAAGCCGGAAACAAGAAACUCGAAGAUGAGCCUCGUUUUGGUCGACCGACUGCAGUAUCGUUCGACGAACUGAAGAAUCUGGCGGAGCAGCAUCCAUAUGAAGGUGUGCGGUAUUUUGCUGCCAGUCUUGGCUGUUCGCUGUCCACCGUGAGCAUUGGACUGCGAUCUCUCGGAAUGGUGAAAAAACUCGAAGCCGCAGAUUCGACUGGCUGGGCACCAUUGUCACUAAAGAUGAAAACGGGUCCUCUACGUCAACCACACCCACAAAGUGCGUGGUGCGCUGGCAAUGAAAUGACGGAUCCUUUCAUGAAAGGUGGAAUCUAUGAGAAGAAGGUCAUGCUGAGCGUCUGGUGGGGAGUUUAUGGAAUCGACCGUUUUGAACUGCUGCCGGACAACACGACAGUUACUGCCGAGGUCUACUGCGCUCAACUGCAGAGACUGGCCGACAAGAUCCACAAGGAGCACCCGAAGCUCGACAACGUUGGCCUGCUGCACGAUAACGUGCGCCCUCACUUCGCGAAGAAGACUUUCCAGAAAAAUUCUAGAGCUCGGAUGGGAAGUUCUACCUCGCCCACCGUAAAGCCCAGACCUGGCCCCGAGCGACUGCCACCUCUUCUGACCCCUUCAGCAUCACCUGGAAGAGAAGCGCUACGAUGA